AUGCGCAAGUGGCUCGGAACAUUUUCCACUCCUGAAGCUGCUGCCCGUGCAUUCGACCAAGCUGCUCGGGAGCUCCGUGGGACCCGGGCAAAGACGAACUUUCCACUGCCCGAGGAGCAGGCAGGCAAGGGUGGAGAUAUAAAUUGUGACAGGGAGACGGCUGUAAAGAGAAGGCCCUCAAAACGAGGUGUAAUAGUUGAUAUGGAUGAUGGAAAUGUGGGUGGGAUGUGCCGUGGUGGUGCGGGUGGGGAAGGGUCCUCAUGCCCUAGAAUUGAUGCACCCGUAUGGGAAGGGUCUUGCAAUGUCAGCAUGAAUGGAUCAGAAUCAAAAGGGGAGCCGGGUUCUGUGAGGAGUGUGAAUUGGAAGGAGAAUCGGGAUCAAGAUCAGGGCAGAGAAGAAGCUGUGGAGAGGAGUGCGGAUGGGAGUGGGGAAGACAAUGAUGGAGGGGAGGAUGAGGACCACUAUUCACGUGGAUGCUUCAUGAAAUUGAUUUCAAGCGAAAGUGCGUGUGCAGAUGCGGGGAACACAUGCUUGAUGGCCCUCGACUCAAAAGAGAGUGCAUGUGCAGCUGCAGGGUAUUCCAACAGAGCGGCAAGGGCAUGUGCUUUUGCGGAACCAGCUUACCCUACUCCUACCAACCGUAAAAUCACGGCUCUUGGCUUGCAGCUUGCUCGAAAGAACACACGUGGCAAUCGUUUGCUGCAAGAGCAGGAAUUGGUGAUGGGGGGAGCGGUGGAUCUAACGGCGUUGAUUGGGGAUGCCCCUAAUGCCCCAGACGUUGCAUGUGGAGAGCCAUUGCUGCUUGGGGAUUCUCUGGAAGAGGCAUGGGUCACGGCAGGAGCAAGCAAUCUGGCAGUGCUGGUUGGGAAUGCAACUGAUGGUUCGGUGAUGGCAGAUCAAGAGAGUUUUCUGAUCAGGGAUGCUCUGGAAGAGGGACCGGUAGCAGGAACAGCAAGCAAUCUUGCAGUGGUGGUUGGGGAUGCUCUUGAAGAGGCACUGUGCUCAGAAGGAGAAGAUGAUCGGGCAGAGCUGAUGGGAGACCAGCCUGAGUUCCCAAAUGACUUCCCAAAUGAUCGGAUGGCGCUACACGCAGAUGAAUUUGGGUGUGCUGGGGACAGGAAGCUGGCAGGGCAGUCUGGAGAGACAGGGGAGGAAGGGGGGCGUGGGGGGGAGUCAAGGAAGGAAGGAGAGGAAGGGAUGGAAGGGGAUGCAGAGUGGAAUGUGAGGAUGUAUGCAGAGGGCGUGAGAGCAGGUGCUGCAGAGGAUGAUGAUGUUCAGACGCAAGCUGGGCUGGAUAGUUGGAUGCUGGAGGACCUACUGCCUCUUGAUGGGUUGACUCUAGAGGGAGUGACUGAGAAGGACGUGGCUCUAUUGGGUGUGACAGCAGCAGAGGGUGUGAUUCCAGAGGAUGGGACUGUACAGGGUAUGAUUCCAGAGGGUGGGAAUGUAGAUGGUGCGCUCCACAGGGUGACUUUCGAGGAUGUGACUGCAGAGGGUGUGACGGGAGCAGGUGCUGCAGAGGGUGUGACAGCUGCAGGUGCUGCAGAGGGUGUGACAGUACCAGGUGCUACAGAGGAUGAGGUUAUUCAGGAUUGA